GAGCGGUUUAUCACCUUCACCUUCACCUAGUGCGUGCUCAGUAGACUCCGAAAGGUAGCGGUUGUAGCACGGUCGUCAAGAAUUUCGAAAUGUUUAAGCAAGUCGUAGCGGUGGUUCUGCUGUUCUCGGCAGUUGUCCAAGGAUUGCAGACUAUUCAAUGCUCCAACAAUCGGCCCGGACCGCAGGAAGUUAUCAUACCGGGAUGCAGCAGCCUACCCUGUUCAGUCCCGAACCAGUCGGACUUUAACUUUAGCGUACGUUUCGCCCCGACCUUCCCCACCAACACGCUGACCGUGGACGUGCGUGCCUCCCUGCUGGGUCUUUUCCUUCCGUACGAGGUACCAGAACAUCUGCGCAAUGGAUGCAACAACAUCAACCAGUCCUGCCCACUAUCUGCGGGCCAGUCUGUAACGCUCACGGGUAACGCUCCGGUCGAGGCACCACUGACCGGUGUUACGGUUACGAUGGAGUUCGAAAUUACCGGCGAUGGUGGUCAGGUUGCCGUUUGUUUCGCUGCCACAGUGACACUGCUGUAAGACAAUGUAAGCAUGGAUAAAGGUGCAAACAAUAAAUCAUGUUGCAUAAAACGUUUUAUCACGAAA